CAUAUGAUGAUUCGCAAACGUGGUGGACGUCCAAGGCAUAACCUUUCUCAAUAUAUUAAUGUUUUACCUAAAACAAGUCCAAAAGAUAAAAGCCGGCAAUGUGUAUGUAAAGCAUGUGCUGAAAUUUUAAAAGAAGAAGCCCAAACAAUAACAAAUAGAAGAGAAAGAAUUAAAAAACAUUUGUCAGAAUGUGAAUAUUUUUGGAAUAAACAUGGUAGAGAGGUUGCUGAAGAGAUAUUAAAAAGUUGUGAUAGUAACACUACUACGUCAAAUCUUUCAUUAAAUUCUACUUUAACUAUAUCUAAUUCAGACUCUUCAAAUAAAACUCAAAUAAAAAAAUUUAAGCAAUCAGGUUUAUCUAAAUAUGCUGUACGAAAUCUUACCAAAGCAGAAAUACCAGUAUUUUAUAACCUUUUAAUUAGAAUGACUGUUGCUAACAGUUGGGCUUUUCAGUGGAUUAAUGAUCCUACAACGCUUGCAUUAUUUAAUUG